UUGUGUUCAUGAAGGUAUAGUAUGCGAUGGAAGUCCUCCUGUUACGUAAGCCAAAGCCUCAGCCCCAAAAACCGGAGCAGGAGAUAACAUUCACUGGUCUAAAUGCAGAGACGAAGAGAGUUGCUAAGAAGGGGGUCGAUAGUUUUGGUAAACUAACCCAUGCUUACACUCCUUUACCUCAGAUAGCUGGACUAGAAUUAUCGUCCCUCCACGGUCCGACCAACUCCCCUGAACUGGAAGUGACCCAUGAAGUAAAAGCAACUAGACCUCCAAUAUACGAGGAACCUCCCAUGGUAAACUUACUGGAUCUAGCUACUGUGGCCCCCAAACCACCUCCUCUCUUUACCCUAAACGACUUUGUCAGCGAGGCUCUUGUGUCCCAAACAAUAGGAACUAAUCUGCGUGCACCACUGAAGAGCCGUGAGAAUUUCGAGACGUUCCACGCCACCCCAAACGGUGUGACUCACCAUAAACUACCUCCGAAAUCUCCACCAGUAUUACAUGUACAAGAUGUACUGGAGGAGGUAGAGAUACCAGAAGCAGAGCCACAAAGGAUUCCAAAGCAACAAAAGCUGAUAGAAAUGCGGGCUAUGAUUAGGCAGGCGAUGCAGUCUGCUGAUGAGAGUGGCAGUGAUCAAACUCUCUGCUUAAUGGACACACCUCCUAACCUGAUGAUAGAGCACCCCUAUCCCAACACAAACGCUCUCUUUACUGGGGGAUUGUCAAGAUUCUUCCAAGGGGAAGCUAGGUCUGGUUCCCCCUUCUGUGUCCCUGAUGAGAGCUGUAUGACUGUUUCUAGAACUGCUGUUUUCAAUGCUCUCAAAGAUGGUGGCAGGAAACUCAGCCUUAGGGCCCAUUUCAUUACCUUAGUUCCUGACAUAACGCCGAUGUCUUUGACUUUGGUGGACCUCAAUCUGUCUUUCAAUAAUUUUAGGACCAUCCCGGUGCAAGCACUACAUUUACCAAACUUAGUAUCUCUGACUUUCCGAAAUAACCCUAUCAUCCAACUGCCUACAGAUAUGUCGGGAUUACCAAAGUUGGCUGAGCUGAACCUCUCUUUCUGCCUCAUUCACUACAUCCCUGACGGGUUUUUCUCGCUCCCAGCAAUAGAAGAGCUAAACCUAUCAUACAACCACCUUACAGAAGUGCCUGCCUCUGUAGUGCACCUCUCAACCCUCCAACACCUCAACUUGGAGGGUAACCAGUUACCCGCCCUCCCUUUCUCCCUCCUCGGUCUCACCAGGCUCCAGUCCCUCUAUAUCAAGAACAACUUUACUUCCCAAAAGUUGUGGGGUCACUACAGCAGCAACUCUCCUAUGAGUUUGAAAGACAUGUGCGCCAAGUUGGUGGUGGAUUUCGAGAUGGAUUACCGGGCAACCUGUUCUGAUGAACUUUCAGAUUGGGUUGAAAGUAACAAGACAGUGUGUGAAUGCUGUGGUGGUAACUUGGUGGGAGAAGGUCUGGUUAUAGUGAGGAGUGUUAUGGAGCGAACUUUCGGGGUCCGGAACUUGCCUCUCUCCCUUUUAUCGUGUAGUCUAACCUGCUUCUAUGAGUACAAAAGAAUGAAGAAUUUAGACGUAGCGGAAGGUUCGACGUCGUCUCUUCAGGGCAUGACACUGCAACAACUUAAUCUUUUAGAACAGUGACAAUCAGACUAUUGAAGUGAUAAUAUAAUUAUAUUCUUACCAUGGCAUCGCAAAUCAACGACAUUUUAGAUUAUUCAGGUUCAGUGAGUGUUUAUAUCGGAGCUUUUAGAUUUCAGAAGAUAUUUGUAAAUAGUGUAAAUUACUUAAUAAGUUAUCGAGUGACUAGAAAUGAGUAUUUGUUUUUCAAUAAGAUUAUUUUGUCUCAACAAUUUACAAAA